AAGAGGGGGAGACAAAUGGUUUUGAUUUGAAGUGGAGAAGUGAGACGGUUGGGUUUCUUCCCGGCUCACUGCAAACACUUCGCUCCGCCGCCGCGUCCGCGCCAUGGCGACGCCGCCGUCGCGCCCGCGCCUCCCUCUCCGCCCACUCCUCCUCUCCCUCCCGCUGCUCUCGCUCCUGCUCCUCCUCCUCCUCGUCCACCGCCACCGCCCCGCCCCGCCGCCUCCCCUCGUGCCCGCUUCCCUCCUCGCCACCGCCACCGCCUCGGCCGCCACGCGCCGCGACGACUCGCCGCGGCGAGCGUCUUCUUCCGCGACGGAGCAGGCUCCGACGACGAGGAUGGAGCACGUGGUGUUCGGCAUCGCCUCCUCCCGCCGCACGCUGCCGCUCCGCCUCCCGCUGCUCCGCCUCUGGCUCCAGGCCCCGGCGCGCGCGUACCUCUUCCUCGACGGCCCGGCCCCGGCCGCCGCCGCCGCGUCCCUGCCGCCCAACCUCCGCGUCUGCGUCUCCUCCAGUGACGCCUCCCGCUUCCCCUACACGCACCCGCGCGGGCUCCCCUCCGCCGUCCGCGUCGCGCGCAUCGCCAAGGAGCUCCUGCAGCUCGAGCGCCCCCGCGGCGGCAGCACGCCGCCGCCGCCGCCGCGGUGGCUCGUGCUCGCCGACGACGACACGGCGUUCGUCCUGCCCAACCUCCUCCACACCCUCUCCCGGUACGACUGGCGCGAGCCGUGGUACCUCGGCGCGCGGUCCGAGUCCGCCGCGCAGAACGCCUGGCACGGCUUCGCCAUGGCCUACGGCGGCGGCGGCAUCGCCGUCAGCUGGCCGCUCGCCGCCCGCCUCGCCCGCGUCCUGGACUCCUGCAUCCUCAGGUACCCGCACCUCUACGGCAGCGACGCCAGGAUCUACGCCUGCGUCGCCGAGCUCGGCGUCGAGCUCACCCACGAGCCUGGAUUCCACCAGAUCGAUCUUCAUGGGGACAUAUCUGGACUCCUAAGAGCUCAUCCACUUACUCCUUUAGUUUCGUUGCACCACCUUGAUCAUGUCUAUCCGCUUUACCCUGGUAUGGAUCGUGCAUCAGCGGUGGAGCAUUUCUUCAGAGCUGCCAAUGCUGAUCCAGCAAGGAUCCUUCAACAGACAGUGUGCUAUGAUCAUUCGAAAGCAAUUACUGUAUCAAUAGCUUGGGGCUAUUCAGUUCAGGUGUACAAAGGGAAUGUCUUGCUUCCUGAUCUCCUUGCUGUGCAGAAAACAUUUGUGCCAUGGAAAAGGGGUCGCAAUGUUACCGAUGUUUUUAUGUUUGAUACCAAGCAUUAUCCAAGGGAUGAAUGCAAAAGAGCUGCUCUUUUCUUCCUCAAAAGCAUUUCUUCCGGUGAAGGCAAGAUCAAAAGCGAUUACAGUAGGCAGCAACCUAAAAGAUGCUUGCCUAACUUGACUCCACUGGGGAAUAUUCAUAAAAUAAAAGUGACAUCUGAGCCAUUACGUCUGGUUACUGGGAAGGCUUUAAGAAGGCAUUGCUGUGAUGUUGUGCCUUCUUCAUCUGAAACCAACAUGGGUAUUAACAUCAGAAAAUGCAAAGAUGAUGAACUGAUUGCGAUGCAUUCUUAGUCAUAUCUUAAAUCGAACUGGAAGCUCCUCCUCUGUAGAAUUCCAUAUAUAGCUUCCUAGUACAGACAGUGACAGCAUGACAGGAGAAAUUAAGCUGACUCGCAUUAUAGGUUCUACAUGCUGUUUAGUGGGUCAAUUGGAAUCUCCUUUACACAGGAGUGAAGGCACCAUCAUUUGUUUGUGCUAUACUCUGAUCUUUAAUUAGCUUGAGAGUAACCAAAGAAAAAGCAUAGCGGCCUCCUUUUGCUGAGCAGAGUUGGGGUGGCAUCCUGUUGCAGAUACUGAAACUAGAACAGCAUCAAUACAUGGAUAGAUAUAUAGACAGAUACCUGAGAUGUGAAACAUCACACUUCAUUUUUUACUUUACCUAGCAUAUAUGCUCAGUCAAUUAUGAUAUUUUUACCUUGACUUUUUUUCGCUGUGUAACUUGAAUACAUUGGCAAUGUAUGUAUGUGUCAAUGUCUCAUACAAUUAUGCAUGUAUAUGCUUACAGUAUACAUAUAUAUA